AUGUCUGAUUAUCAAGGGUUUGGUAGUACGAACAGUACUGAAGAUCAAAACUCAAAUGGCGAAGAUAUAAGAGACAUACAUGCAUUGACCCCAACAUCUGUUCUCCCUCCACUGACUCUCCAUCCUUUUGAAUCAUCUCUAUUUAUGGCUACAAGUGAUGGAACCUCUCGUGACAAUUAUUCCAAUAUGAGUGUGACUAACAGUACGUUGGUGGUGGCAGGAUCAGCGAUAGGGAGCAUAGGAUUUGAAUACCAUGGCGCGAUUGGAGAAGAGUAUGAUGUUGAUGAUAUAUUGCAUCCUUCACUAUCGCCUAGGAAACUGGAUGAGAAGAAAGCUAGAGCGAUGGAAAAGAUGGAAAACGAGAUUGCUAAAGCACAUCAGAAAGCAGAGGAAAGGAGGGCGUUUGCUGAAUCAAUAAGAGGAACGAAGAUGGCUAGGGUUCUUGAAGUGGCUAAUUGGAUGAAAGCUGUUGGAAGAUCUCCUGUUAAGAACUUCCUUUAG